CGGGACGCUUUAUGCGAGUGUCAGUGGCCCCCGCGUUCUCACAGCGACCCAGAGCCGAAGAAGCGUCAUAUGUCACCAUGGGAACCAUACCAGUCAGUGUCCUGCUCCUGGUGCUGCUGAGCCUGCCUGCCCUCCCGGAGGCUAAACGUCAGCCCGGUCAGCCCAAACCGGACAAACCUCGCCAGCCCCCGCCCUCCACAGCGCCCCCUACCAGACGGGCCCGGAACCGCUCCGUGCCCAGCUCUGGAGAACUCAGCACCAAGGACGGCCACCGCUGCAUCUGGCAAACAUCUGGAGAAGGUCUGGUGAGCCUCACGGUCAACUGCACCAUCGAGAACAAGGUAGAGCAGCCCAGUAACUACUGGUGCCGAUACGCCGGCAAACCCGACCUGUGUGAGGCCUACGGGGUCAAGUCCAGCCAGUACUGGAAGCAGCUGGUGGGAAAGUUAAAGAAGAGACAGAACGCCUGCGAAGGAGAGAAGGUCCUCAAGGCGAAGACCUGCAAGAAGGCCCCAGCAGAAGCCCACAUGAAACUGGCCCAGCACAGCACAGAGGAGGAGAGGAAGGCUGGGAAGAAGAAGGGAGGAGCGACCAAGAGCACCGAGUCCGGCAAAACUGAGCGGAGGAAGAAGAAGGAGGAGGGGGGGGUGGGCUCGGAGGAGGUCAGGAGCUCUGCUGAGAGGAGUGAUCUUCACGAGGAAGGAAUGCUCAAUGACAUGGCGCCAGUCCAGAGCUACUGCGGCGAUGGCUGGCACUCCGUCUGCUCCUUCUUUGUCAAGUUCUUUGAAGGAUGAAGAUUCUGUGGUCUCUUAUGUUAAAACAGUCCUAUUCUGCAAAAUCUACUUUUUUAACCCUUUUUUAAUCAUGUUAUAAAUGUUUUCCUUCUCAUUUACCCCCUGGAAGUUGUAUUUAGAAUGAUUCAUGCAUGUUUGAAUAAUCUUUAAUCUCCGGUAUUCAAGACACCAUUGCUCCGAUCGACCCCUGAUGAAAGGUGAAAACCUUUGCCAGUACACGUCUUCCACCAGUACACACCCUCCACCGGCACACGCCCUCCACCGGCACACGCCCUCCAUCGGCACACAUCCUCUGUGACCAGCACACGUCCUCUGGAUCCACGGACACACUUCCUUCUCCAGUUUUAUUCUCUUAAUUGCUAAUAUGAAUAAGAUUCUGCAGCGGUGUGAAGUGAUAUUGUUUUCUAAUGCAGAAGUCAGUGGACUGGAUUUAAAAUGUCCAAAUUUUACAAUUAUAACUUUAUAGGAGACACAAGUGUACUUAGCGUAAUACUUCAGAGCAUAAUCACUAUUACAAAUCUGAAUUGCUGCCCAGCUCUAGUUUGUUGUGAACACAAUUUGACUGAUGGACCAAUCCAGGCACAAAGUGUUUUGGAGUGUUCAGAGAAGACUUUGGAUCAAUGAAACAAGUGUGAAUGAAGCAAAACACAACUCCAGGUGUUUUUGAAAAGGGAACAGCAAUAUAACAUGGUUAAAAGCUCAAAAAAGUCAAUUUUGCAUAAUAUGAGUUUGGUUCAGAGGAUCUCAAAAGAACCCCACCUUUGUCCAAGGCUUCUCUGUGAACAGCUUCAGUCCUCCAGACACAGACAAAAGAGUAAGAGUAAUCUGGAUAUGAUCUGAUGUUUCACCUCACCCAUAAAACUUGAGCAGUUCAAUUGCGUAAAGAGGCAAGUUUUGAGACAAAAUUUAAUUCUUUUGGUUUACAUUGUUGAAUAGACCGUGAAUUUUCUGUUUGUUAUAAUCUACUUAUCCCAUGCAGCAGGUGGGCCAGGGCAGCCAACACUACACACUUUUCCUACUCUUUACAGUGCGCCAACAGGUCAACAAUACAGCCUUUCUCGCUUUCUCGGGGAGUCUUGAAAACAGCUUUGUAGUCUGUACAGAAUGUAUUAGACCUUAUUCGUCUCCCGUGCGUCACUGAAAUAAACACAUCUGGACGGCUCUGUCUGAAUUGUAGCCCAACAUCUUACUGUCUUAACAAAGGUGCUACAGUCACAACUGCCGUCUGCAGAGGACACAUACAAGUUUUUCUCAUUCUCAGGACCAGACAAGUCAAAAGGGACCAGACACACUUUUUCAUUUAUGUUUCUUCAUUAUUUUACUUUAAUGGUUAUUUCCAUUGUAGAUUCUCACUGAAGACAUCAAAAUUAUGAAUGGACACAUAUGGUAUGAAGCAAAAAUAAACUAAAAAUAAAUCCAAACUUCUUUUACAUUCAACACAUUUUAAAAUAGUUUGCACUUCUGACAUUUCUAGACCCUGACAUGGCACAGCUGUGAAGUGAAAGUGAAGCUGAUUCAGAUCAGAGAGAGUCCUUAUCAGCUUAAACCAACUGGAUUUUUGCAUUGAAUCUGGCAGCCCAAAUGAGACUCACGUGAGGCUGUGUGGACAUGUUCUGCUGGCUGAGGCUCACUGCUGUGUGGAGACAACUGAGGAGAGGAGCUUUCACCAACGUGCUGCCCACUGGAACACUGCUCUGUCCCAUAGAACCAACAAAAAUAAAUUAGAUUUCAGGUUUUCACUCUCAGCAGAGAAAUAAGUCAGCACUCCCCUACUUUUAGACAAAAAGUUUCUUGGGUGAAGUGAAACGUCCUAAAGUGAAAAAUACAAAUAUUUUCUUUUACAUUUGUGUUCUAUCCAGGGUCAUCGUUUAUUUUUAAGACAGUAUUCGAGUCCCCAAAAUGACACUACCUGAUCAUUUAAAGGUGCACUAUUCAACUUUUCUGGUGGUGGCUCCACUACAUGGCAUUAAAUCCAUCUAUUUUGCAUUUUCCAUUUAAGGAUGCUUUAAUAGCUCAGAAAUACCUUGAAAAACAUGCAUUCUUACUGUGAGUGAGCCUCUGGCUGGUAACACCACUUGGUCUUUGGUGACUGGUCUAUUUAAUACCUUAGUGGUAAAGUGGACUUGGAUAGUGUGGAACAUUCUACUCUGUCCCUCCACCGGAGGCAAUGACAUGUUUGUAGUGACCCACAGCUCAGAUUCUGAAGUGGAAAAAUGCUUUGGCUUAAAAGUCCUGUAUCUGAUGUUUAUUUCUUUUAGUUCAGGAAAUCUCCCAUAAGGACGCAGCUGCCAGCGAUACAUAAUCAUUAUCCAAUCAUAAAUGAGAACCAUGAGGAAACAACUGGCUUUGUGCAAAAUUAUGAACAGCUAGCUCACAGUUAGCUCAAAGUUAGCUCACAGUUAACUCACAGUCAGCUCACACUUAGCUCACAGUUAGCUCACACUUAGCUCACAGUUAGCUCACAGCUCACAGCAAGCUCACAGUUAGCAUCACCCCUUCCUGUCCAAUUAAGCUAUAUCUGAGGUUAUUGACAAAGAGGACAGGUCACACAUGGGACAGAGCUGUGGGUGGAUGUCACUGAUGUUAAACACUUUGAGGUUAACCCAGAGGACACUUGUGUCUUCAUAAUCGUAGAUGUUUUUGCCUCAGUGCUAACACUAAUGCAAAUUUUGUGGCAUAACAAAUCAUUUUGAAAGCAACAAACUGAAGUAAACUACAUAUAAAAAUCAGGGAGGAUUUUUUUUUUAUUUUUGAUUGAUCUGUUUUGUAUUUUACAUGUUAAUAAAAGUUAGCAUUAGCCUUGUCACACAGUGAGCUAGCCACGCGCUGCACAGAGCCUAUAGUCUGUCAUGGUUCAGCAUCAAAUGGAGAAUUAUAGCACAAUCAGUGAUAAAGUAUAUCACAAUAUUAAUCCAUAUAUUUUAGACCCCAUUUUCAAGCUUGAAUUAUUUGACAUUUAAUAAAACUCAAUUAUGAAAAGCUGUCACGAUAAAUUGCAUUCUCAAUCUCAAAGUAUUAUUAUUAUUAUUUUUUUCUCGUGUAUUUUUUAUAGUUUGUCUUACUUUAUAGUACUAAAUAUGUAGCACUAAUACCAUUUAUGCUUAUUUUGUAUUAAUAUUGAGCGUGUUCUUCCAUUUGUGUCUAUAUCCUUCUGUAGUAAAUGUAAGUCUGGUACCUGUUAGUGUAUAUUUUUAUACUGUCAAAUGUGUAACGUUAUUUUUCCACAUGACAAUAAACUUAACUGUAAAAAUCC